AUGAACACUAGCCCAAUCAAGAUCGGGAUCGACCCGUUUAGGUCCGUCCCGUUGCGCGAUGCACCAUCGACAUGGGGCAAAGAGGAGUUCCCCCAAGUCGGAGCAGCCCAAAACUUGUUGUUGGCAGUCGCUCCAAUCAACAUGAGCAACCUCACUAUCACCCCAUGGCAGAUUUUGGAUCUGAAAAAUCAGCUACUCUCGAAGCACAAUGUGUUCAAGCUCCGCUGCCCCCAUGGGGAGCAAUGGGUACUGCCUGCGAAGUUUCUGGAUGAGCUCAAAUCAUUGCCAGAAAACAAGAUUAGUCUGGCCAAAUCGCUGAGUGAUGUGGGUUUAUUGAUUGCUGAAAGCAAGACCUCUGGGCUGUUCUAA